UCAAGCUUACAGGCUGCCCUAAUUUAAACAGUAGUAGAAGAAUGUGAUUUUGCCGGGCAUUAGCAGAAGAAAGUAAUAGCUAUGUGACCAACAUCAAAAUUGAAAAAUGUCGACAUUUGUUUUGCAAAGAAACUUGUGAACAACUUCUGAAAGAGACACUGUCCGACAGGGGGGAUGAAGGUGAAGAUCCGGCAGUGGAAUGGAGUAGCAUCCUGGCUCUGGGUGGCCAAUGAUGAAAACUGUGGGAUCUGCAGGAUGCCCUUUAAUGGCUGCUGCCCUGACUGUAAAGUGCCAGGAGAUGACUGCCCGCUGGUCUGGGGUCAAUGCUCCCAUUGUUUCCACAUGCACUGCAUCUUGAAGUGGCUGAACUCGCAGCAGGUCCAGCAGCAGUGCCCCAUGUGCAGACAGGAGUGGAAGUUCAAAGAAUGAUGGUGCACAGGCGGCGCUGCUGAUCGCCUGCAGAGACUCCCCCACAGAGACCCUGGUCAUGGAGGUCAUUUUUAUAGCAGCUGUAAAUAAACAUGUUUUUGUAUUGUUGUUCUGAUGUGACACCAGGGUCAUUUGGACCCGAAGUGUUCUGUUGACAGAUUUAGUAUGCAGUAAUAAAUAAGUAAACAUCA